UAUUAUUGGUAUGUCCUACAAUGUCAAUCCCAUCCCAAUUGUAGUUGUGUUGUUUUUGGGAAAAAGCCCAAAAAAUAACAAGGAAGAAGUGGUACCCUGGGAUGGGACUUUGAGUGAAGUAUUAUGUCAUGUCCUGUUUCUUAAUUUUUUUUUUUGUUUAUAGUAAAAUUUAUCCCAACACUACCUUUCCCUCUGACUUCUCUGACGUCCCACCAAUGUCCCCCUCACCCCACCACUCUCCUCUUAGCUUUGCUUUCCCAUAAUUAAACAUCAGUACCCACCACUCUCUCUGUCUCUCUGUGUUGUUUUUGUCCAUUACCCAUGUUGUUGUUUUUUUACUUUGGCUCUGUGUUCUCAUCCACCCCUUACUAAUUUUCUUGCAACAACAAAUUAAAGAGUAGUACACGGUCUUUGGAUGAUCAGCUAUACAUGAAAGCAGAUGUCUUGGAAUUCAAAGCAGUAUAAAUCCACAACCUUUCCAAUUUAGCUUGAUCUUGAUGAUGGAUAAGAUUGUCUAGAUUGGUCGUAUUGCAGGCUGGCAGAAUCUAGUUGUUGCUCAUAUAGAAUGUAAACCAGCUUCUCCAACUGACCACACAGCUCGACAAUGAAACCUAACUUUGACCUUGAAAUAAAAGCCCUUUCGGAAAGUGAUUCUGAAGUUAGCAGCCAAGUCGCUUCCAACAUAUCCAUUCAAGAAACCUCUGCAGGUCCCUCCAAUGACAGCCUCACUAACUGUUCCCAUCUCACUAAUCUCAUAGUGGCUCAAUCAGAGUCGGAGCCAAUCACUCUUGACUUGACUCUCAGCUUCAACACUGAUGAUCUAUGUGGAAGGGAUUCAUUCGGACUAUCAUUGUCAAGCACUAGCGAGAGUAGCAACGAACCUGCAUCCCAUACUACAACAGCAGCCAUCCCACGAGUUUUUUCUUGCAAUUACUGUCAACGCAAGUUCUUCAGCUCGCAGGCUCUUGGUGGACACCAAAAUGCACAUAAGAGAGAACGAACACUGGCAAAGCGGGCUAUGCGAAUGGGUAUAUUCUCAGAGAGGUAUGCCAGCCUAGCAUCUCUGCCUCUGCAUGGAUCUUCAUUCAGGUCCCUGGGAAUCAAAGCACACUCUUCAGCGCAUUAUGGCUUUGUGCCACCAGUUAGGCCUUCUGAGGUCAGAAACAAUACAAGAUUUCAAAAUGGCUAUAUGGGAAUGCCUAUUUUUGUCGAGGAUGAUGAGGCAGAGCUGUUGUGGCCUGGUAGUUUCCGUCAAGUUGCUGAGGCAGGUAAUCCUCCUCAUCCUAGUUUUGUAUUGACUGAAAGUUCAAACAUAAAUUUUGUAGAGGUGACUCCACAAGUUGACAUAGACAACUCUACACCUGAUCUCACACUGAAACUUUGAGAGGUUUGUUGGUUUCAAAUGUGGCUUCAGUUUCUCCACUUCUGUUAUCUCUGUACAGUGAGAUGUGCCUGGGCAAUGACUGCAAGCUUUUGUUCUUAUAGCUCUCUUCUUUUCUAGCACUUUUGAUCCUUCUCUUUUCUUAUCCAAUCAUCCUGUUUGGUGUUCUACUUGGAAUGUUUGUCAUUGCAUAAGAGCCUCGUGAAGAUAUUUUAGGGGCUCCUAUGCUUGUUAUGACACAUAUUAUGUAAUGUAAUUCCAGUGCUUAAAUUAUGAUUGAUUAUCUUUCCUUUA